AUGCCGACCAAGAGGAACAGGAAGCGCGUUGGGAGCAAGAGCAGCGACUCCGGGGUGCAGAAGGGCAAGUAUGACGUCAUGCAGGAGAAGAAAAACGACAUCAUUCAUCUGUUCAUGAAGGAUUUUGUGCAGCAUGGUGAGUGCCCCAAGGGAGGGGGAUCAGUGCCUGGUCUGGGAAUGGAGAGGUUAAUCAAGGUGGGGGGUCAGUGCUGGGCUCUGGGAAUGGAGAGGUUAAUCAAGGUGAGGGGGUCAGUGCUGGGCUCUGGGAAUGGAGAGGUUAAUCAAGGUGGCUUGGGGUCAGUGCUUUGGGCUCUGGGAAUGGGGGUUAAUCAAGGUGGCCAGGGGUCGAGGUGCUAGGCUCUGGGAAUGGAGAGAGGUUAAUCAAGGUGGCCCGGGGUCAGUGCUGGGCUCUGGGAAUGGUAAUCAAGGUGGCUUGAGAUUCAAGUGCUGGGCUCUGGGAAUGGAGAGGUUAAUCAAGGUGAGCGGGGUCAGUGCUGGGCUCUGGGAAUGGAGAGGUUAAUCAAGGUGAGCGGGGUCAGUGCUGGGAAUGGAGGGGUUACUCAAGGUGAGGCAGUCAGUACUGAGCUCUGGGAAUAUGGAGGUUAAUCAAGGUGAGGUGGGUCAGUGCUGGGAAUGGAGGGGUUAAUCAAGGUGAGGCAGUCAGUACUGAGCUCUGGGAAUGGAGAGGUUAAUCAAGGUGAGGGGAUCAGUGCUGGGAAUGGAGGGGUUAAUCAAGGUGAGGCAGUCAGUACUGAGCUCUGGGAAUGGAGAGGUUAAUCAAGGUGAGGGGAUCAGUGCUGGGAAUGGAGAGGUUAAUCAAGGUGAGGGGGUCAGUGCUGGGCUCUGGGAAUAUGUAGGUUAAUCAAGGUGAGGGGGGUCAGUGCUGGGAAUGGAGGGGAUAAUCAAGGUGAGGCAGCCAGUACUAAGCGCUGGGAAUGGAGAGUUUAAUCAAGGUGAGGGUUUCAGUGCUGGGCUCUGGGAAUAUGGAGGUUAAUCAAGGUGAGGUGGGUCAGUACCUGGGUCUGGGAAUGGAGAGGUUAAUCAAGGUGAGGGGGUCAGUGCCUGGGUCUGGGAAUGGAGAGGUCAAUCAAGGUGAGGGGGUCAGUGCCUGGGUCUGGGAAUGGAGAGGUCAAUCAAGGUGAGGGGGUCAGUGCCUGGGAAUGGAGAGGUUAAUCAAGGUGAGGGGGUCAGUGCUGGGCUCUGGGAAUGGAGGGGAUAAUCAAGGUGAGGCAGCCAGUACUAAGCGCUGGGAAUGGAGAGUUUAAUCAAGGUGAGGGUUUCAGUGCUGGGCUCUGGGAAUAUGGAGGUUAAUCAAGGUGAGGUGGGUCAGUACCUGGGUCUGGGAAUGGAGAGGUUAAUCAAGGUGAGGGGGUCAGUGCCUGGGUCUGGGAAUGGAGAGGUCAAUCAAGGUGAGGGGGUCAGUGCCUGGGUCUGGGAAUGGAGAGGUCAAUCAAGGUGAGGGGGUCAGUGCCUGGGAAUGGAGAGGUUAAUCAAGGUGAGGGGGUCAGUGCCUGGGUCUGGGAAUGGAGAGGUUAAUCAAGGUGAGGGGGUCAGUGCUGGGCUCUGGGAAUGGAGAGGUUAAUAAAGUUGAGGGGGUCAGUGCUGGGGUCUGGGAAUGGAGAGGUUAAUCAAGGUGAGGGGGUCAGUGCUGGGCUCUGGGAAUGGAGAGGUUAAUCAAGGUGAGGGGGUCAGUGCCUGGGAAUGGAGAGGUUAAUCAAGGUGAUGCUUUCCUAUGGACGCUUGCAUCUUCUCACUGUGAAAAUCAAUGAGACAGCCACUAGGGGGGUCAGUGCUGGGCUCUGGGAAUGGAGAGGUUAAUCAAGGUGAGGGGGUCAGUGCUGGGCUCUGGGAAUGGAGAGGUUAAUUGGAGCUGAUUUAAGCCUGGACAUGGUGUAAGCAUUGUUUCCAUGUCUGGUUAAAUGGAUGUAAAUAGAAGUAGCUCCUCACCGAUUGCAGAACUGUCCCCCAUGAUGCUUUGCUAGAUGUUCCCCAGGCAGAGCAUCAUGGGAGUUGUAGUUGGACAGCUGAGGAUAUACACGGUUUCUCCUAUCUUUGGAUCGAAAUGUCAGACAUAUGGACUGGGGGCAUUGUGUCCCUCAUUAGACCUGACCAGCCUUUUCAUUGACCAUUAACCCAUUAAAGACCAGUGUGGUUACUUCACCAGCCUACAAUAAAGUGCUACUUGGUGUACAGCGGUCGGUGUCUGUAUAAACAGGAAACAUUUUGCCGCAGGAGGCGUUUGGGGAUCUAACUGUAACAAUGGCAUGUGUUCUGGAUUUUUAAUUGUCUUCUUUCUCAGUGACGGACAGGUAGAAGUAGUACGUUUUGUGUUGGAAGAGCUGAUUGAAAAUGAAACUUUUUUUCAUGUUUGCGAUGUAAGUCACAGCCAGCGGAGGUGUGACUAGGGCUUCCUUAACAGAAUUGUGAUUUCAUUUCUAAAUGGCAAAGAACUGAGCCGUGGGACUGAAGGGGUGGGAUCUAUACACCAAAACAACUUCAUUACGCUAAAGCUGUUAUUUUGUUGAUGUCCCACUGGCUAUUUUGGCUCGAUAUUCAAAUUUCCAAGAAGCCACAAACUGGAAAAUCAGUCAAUUGCAUUUGGGGUUUUAUUUCACUUUGAAAUCCAAGCAGUUCAUACUUCAGUUAAUAGCCCUGUGUUUAGGACAAAUGGCUGUUUGAGUCCAUCGAAUGUUUCAGAUACUGUAUUGCACCAAAUGCAUCAAAUGUUUAUCAGAUGAGUCUUUGUUACCUAGUUCCGCCCCAUUCUGAGUCGCCGUAUUUGAUUGCCUUAGGGAAAGACAAAAUGGAUGAGCUAAGACGAGAGCUUCAGUCACUCAUCCCAACCGCAGAGAAAGCCUUGGAUGUUGAGCUAAUGAAGAUGCCGUUGACUAUCCGACAAAUGAAGUUUGGUGACUACCUCAGUAAGUCUGCUACUAACCUAUAGUGAAGGAAAAUGGUGGUUAGUUGGUUAAAUGACAUUCUUUUACACAAUCUUCAUGCUGUUCACUGCAUUCUGAGCGAGUUUGUGGUUACCUUUAAAUUCCUCCACUUUUUUUUUCUAGAUUAUUUCUAGGCUUGUAUCAUUUGCAGUCUAGAUUGAUUCACUUUCUAUCAAAGGUGGGGAUCUGUAGUCUAGGCUCUAGGUAGAUGUAAGGUUAUCACCAUUGGAGCAAAACGGGGCAAUUCUGGAACCUUGGGCGGUUUGGAUCCCAGUCCCUAAAAGCACACAUUGUGAUGGAUCAUAAACUUAUUGGUAGAGCCCUGUAAGAUCUAUAGAGACUGGCUCCAUUUAAAUGGUCUUUCUGUCUUUUUUUUUUUUUAGAAUUCAUCGGAGAUGAGUCAGCCGUUACGGAAGCUGCCUUGAAGGUAUCUUGUCUUAACGCAGCAGCUGUGAUGAACGGUUUUGAUGUUGCAUGCAAAAAGGUCUUGUUUUGUCGUUUUAUUUUUUUCAGCUCGACUGCAUAAAUGAUAUACCACAAUCAAAAUUAAGAAAAAGCAGUAAAAAGGGUAGGUAUCCUCACACAAUGGCCCAGAUGGUCAGUGUUCCAGCCUCUUGGGAUAUAUACAUAUUUUUAUUUUUCCCCCAUAGUGGUUAAAGUGUCAACAACAGGUCAUCCGGAGCAAGACAAAGUUCCGACAACUGCAGCUAAAGAUAGGACCGUGCAGAAGGCAAGUCCUACGGCUUCUUAUGGCGUCUCAUUGCUUACAGUACAUUUUAGAAGUUAUUAAAAAUAUCAGUCUUGCAUACACUCAUAAUGUCUUCAAAGAUCUGCAGAGUCUACACUUCACAUACUGUUCCACUAGGGCAGCACAGAGCAGUGUUCCAGGUUGCCUAAGCUAUAUGAGCUGGGGGGUGUGACUAGCCCUGGGCAACAAAAUCUCAGUGUAUGUGCAGUGUUUCAAGCAGGACCUCUACAAAUACACUCCUACCACCAUGACCAAUGCUAAUAACAGAAGUGGUCAUGGUGGUUGGAGUAAACCUUUAAAUGAUCACUCUGCACUAUAACCACUUCAGAAAGAUCAAAUGGUUAUGGUGCUUAAAGGCAAUGUCAAUGCACAAUUUUUUUUUUACUCCUCUUAAAGGAGCACUAUAGAGUUAGUUAUACAAAGAUGUGUUGCUAGCACUGUAGGAACACUCAGGCCCCCCAGCCCACCCCCAACCUGGAUGCGUGAGUACAUCCAGCAUCCUCUUCAGUCAAAUUCCGUUAAACAGCAGGAAGUACCUCUGUCAGGAUUAAGGGGACAGGCUGUCUAUGGUGUCCCUUUAAGAAAUCCCUCAACCGCUUUUGAAAAUUUGCAUUGGCAUGGAACCCCCUUGUAACUUGUUAUAUUGGUUUAUAUUUCUAGGUUCUGAAAAGUAAAUCAUUGGUUUCGUUAACCGGUAAACCCACCAAGAAAACUCACUCUCUAACUAGGUAAUACUCAUUGGUAAUACUAUGUGACUGAGAACUUGCUAGAUACUAAAAGCAGUUUUGGUUAUAUCUUAGUAAUCUGAAUGGUUUGUUUACAAAAACUCCAGCAUUAUUUAAGUAGGAUUUCCAAACCCAUACUCCAGGAGUAAAAAUCAAUCCCUCCAUGUGUCUCAUUGCCCCCCUGUGUAGCAUGGCAGAGCUCUGAAUGCAGGAGACGAGCUGGUUAACCUCUCCUUGGUCUGACAGGAAGCAGUUCGGUGCUCUCAGAGCGCUUCAUGUCAGACCGGGAGAGGGAAAUUAGCUCCCCUCCUGCGGUCAGCGCUUGGCCGCACUACAUACGGAGACCGGCAGGAGUGGAGCACUCUGCAGUACACACUAAAGCCGGUCACCCAAAUCCUUCGCCCUAGCCGGUGCACCCCACGACGGCUCCAUGUGCCACCUUAUAGUAGCACCAGCCCAGGUGACCUUUUUGUUGAGAUUACAAAUAGUUUUAGGAUUUAAACUAACUUUUAUUUAGUUUUGUUUUUGUCAAUGAAAACUGCAGGUAACGAAAAGGUUUCUUUGGUAUUAAAACUGACCUAUUGAUGUAUCUAAUACAAUGCCUCCAUUCUUGAAUACAGUGAGGUCACAUUCUGAAAUACUGUGUAGUCCAUUUGAGCUUGACUGCCUAUGAUUCACUGUGUGCGUUUCUAAUGGGAUGUUGUAUGUGUCAACUCUGUCCUUAGUUCAGUGUCUGCGACACCUAUAGACAAAGCUACAAAGAAGGGCCUGACGACAGAUCGAAUUACGAGGACAACGGCCAGGUUACACAGGUUUAGUAUGCCAGGACGGACAUUCCUGACUGUUCUGUUAUCACGGUUUCCCUAGUAAGAUUAUAUCCAGAAUCUAAUGGUCUCACUGGCGAGUAACUCUGUUGCAAAACCAGCUAAUCUUAACAUUUUAGAGGAAGUCCUAAAAUAGCUACAUCAGUUUACGUAGUCCAGUAAAGAUGGAGAUUACUGGGUCUUCUGACAAUCCAGUGAACCUCUUCUGGCUCAAUCUUUUACAGUCAAUGACCCAUAGUGUCCUAUCUUCUGCAGAAAUCCUAGAAUCAGUCAUGCAAUCUGCAAACACUUAAAGGGACCUCCACUCAGUGCUGUCGGUGGCUGAGCUGUGUACAUACAUUGACUAGGAAGUCUUUCUGGAGUGAGGGGGCGUGGCUAAAGAGGCCAGCUUAUGGCACAGCAUUCUGCAAAUCCUUUAUUUUGCCCUCUCUGUACUUCCCCUAUACCUAUAGUAUGACUUUGCCUUGUAUCAUAUUUUCUCUAUCACUUGCAAGUGGAGUACGCCUUUCUUUAUGACUGCUUCUUUGCAGCUGGUGCUUGUCUAGGUAUCUGUUCUAAAUGCAAAUUCUGUCAACACAUCAGGUAAUGUUCUAAUUCUUCUGUGGUUGACUAGAAACUUAGACACAAGUGUCAGUUUUUGGAGUCCAGUCUGAUGUUCUGGAGUGUCUCCACCUUCAUGAUCCUAUUGGAGAAUACAUUUGUCCUAUGUCUGUCUAGAAUUGUUCAUGAUACCCCUCUUCCUUAUCAGGACCCCAGCAACACCACUCUUGCGACCCAGCCGUAGUGCUACAACCUUAUCUUUUGGAGACCAUUUAUUAAGUGACCAUAUCCCAUGUGUCAAAAUCCCACUGGCUGAUGGGCAGGUAGGAUAUCUGAACACUUGUUUACAUCACCAAUUCACUUGUUUCACAAGUGUUAAUUAUCCAGAUCCAUCAACUAUGCGUCCCAUGUAGUGGACACUAGGAUACAUUUUUAUUUAGAUUUUUAAUAAAAGCCUUUCUUUAUUUUCCCAAAGUAAUAUUGCUAAAAUCCUGUCUUGUCUAUUUAGAGUGUGUGCUCUGCUGGCGAUGAUCUGAAGCAUUUAAAUGUAGAAUUACUGCGAAAUGACACCGUACUGCAAAUCCAUGCAUUGGUGGUGAGUUGUAUUGACAAUCACCUUGGCCAGAGCCCUUCUUGUAUGGUCUGUAGAAUUCAAUUGAACAAUUCAAACUGUUUUACAAUAGAUAUUGUUGCGUCUUUUUGUUUUAGCAACAGGCGUUGUUUUGUUUGUAACUUGCCACUUGGCUGCCAUCUACUCCAAUCCCAACUGGGCAGAAUGGACACCGGUACCCUAUCUGUACUGUGAAGCCUGCUUACAACCACUGGAUUUUAAUUCACCUUUCUCAUAUAGUUAUUCAUUAAACCAUGAUCUGUCCAUUUUAGAGGAUUGCAAAUAGCAUGGCUGGGAGAAUAAUAAAACAGAGCUGGGGACUUCUAAUGCAAAUGUUUUGCGGUUUAGGGACUAUAGUGAAUGAUGGUUAAGAUUCUUUGUAAAUUAAUUCUGGUUUGGUAUCCUGAAAUGACCUCACUGUCACCAUGGUCUGGUUAAAGAAUGAGUUAGUGUCCACUUCCUCCCUAGGGACAGCUAACGAAUCUCUGUGCGAAGGCCUCCAAUCAAAAUGGGAACAUGCCGUGACCGUCUUGGAUUUUCUUAACCCGCAUCCUGAAUUUGGUUUUGUUUCAUAUUUCUCUUGAAUGUGAGACCAUUAUUUAUCCUCAACCCUAGUUGUAUUUCUGCAUAUUUUUAUUUUAAUUGCUGCCGUGUUUUGUAACCUAUCUAUGUAAUUUUGUAAUAAAAUAUUAAUUAUCCUGAACAAAUCAUGAGUUUGUCUGCCCUCUCUGUCUUCUAGUUUUGGCAUCAGAGUAUUCAGCCUAAAUUGGACACAAAGUACUGUAAAAUGGAUCAUGUGUGCAGCUGGCACACGCUGAGACCCUAUCCUCCCUCCUAUAGGUCACUGCUUGUGCUAUUGUGUGGACAGUCUCCCAAUGUAGAAUGAUGGCUCACAUAGAAGGCAGGACUUGUGAUAGGCUGAAAGCGGUCUGCUGACACUCCCAGCCCUUUGCAGCAACUCAUUACGGCCUCAUUAGCCCAGGCAGCAGAAAGGGGCUGAACAACUGCAGACUCUCAUUUAGCAUUGAAAUAUAAAUGGUUAAAUCUGAAUGGAAGGACGGUGGCAGGGGACUGCAGCCUCUUUAAAUAUCACACAGUAAUUUGACAAGCAAGUGGAAAAUGUAGACAAUGGAUGGCUGGUUUGGAUUUUUUUUUAAUCUGACUCACGAACACUUUGUCUACCGCUUUCAAUCUGAUCCCAGGCAGCCAUUGGCCUACUUUUCAUGCUUGUCAUUAAAAAGCCGCAUUUAAAGGACACUGCAGCUCUACAACUUACUGGAAUACUUGGGGGUCAAUUGCAUGCCCCCUUUACGCCUAUUCAUAAAAGUGCCAAAUCUAAACAUUAGUGACACUCACUGCAAUGUAACAAUUCAUAAAAUAACACAAUUUGAAAUAAGUUAACAAAUGCAAACGAGUACAGAUGUUUAGUUAAAUUACCCCAAAUGGGCUGGCAUGUCAGUGAUUUGGAGACAGAUGUUUUUUUAAACAAUAAAGGGAUCCUAUAGUGCCAGGAAAACAAACCCAGUUUCCUGGUACUAUAGGUUUAAUAGGUCUCCACGGGACUGAAGGGGUUAAAACCCAUUCAGCUACUUACCUGAAUCCAGUGGCGAUGUACACCCACGCUCUCCUCCCCGUGACUUCAUCCAGUGGGGGAGACAAUGGCCGCACGCACUUAUUAGACCUCCCCAUAGGAAAGCAUUAUUCAAUGCUUUCCUGUGGGAAAAAUCUGACGCUGGAGGUCCUCAUGCAGAGAAACGCCCUGAGAAGCUGUCUGUGAGGGCAGACUUAGAGCUGCAAUAUAAACAUUGCAGCACUAAGUGCAAAAGGGCCACAGCACCCAGACCACUUCAAUUAGCUGAAAUGGUCUGGGUGCCUAGUGUCCCUUUAAAUAUAAGGCUCUUGGGGACUUACUAUAUACUAAUGUACCCACCUCUCUGAUGCCCUCUGCUGUUUUCUGGCUGAACUUCACUGGAUUACAGUAAGUCAUGUGUAAAAGGUUUUGCUGUAAUAAACUCUAUCAUGAAUAGAGGCUACCUUCCUGCCCAAAGACUUGGUAUCGACUUGAGCUAACCUAUCAGGGCCAUUCACUAAAGGGACAAUUGUUCAUAUUUGAAGUGAAUUUUAAAAUUGGUAAAUUUGGACCAAAAACCCAAUAACUAAUUUCCAUGAUGCAGUGCUUAUGGUUUCUCUCAUGGUGUGCCUGCAGGGCGAGUGAAGAAUUAACUAUACUAAAAGUAUUGUUUGUUCAGGCCAGCAAAAAGUAUACCCCCAAAACUGGUACUCAGUAAGGAUGUGUGGCUACUGUAGGGUCCAUGUUCUCCUCUGCCAAUCUCAAGGUGGCAUCAUGGUACAUGCAGUACCCAGCAGUCAGUAGAAAAGGAUGAAAACAACUUGUAAUGUUACGAUGGUUUUAAUGGCUUUUAUAUACAUUUAAAAAAGUUUAAAUUCUAAACAGAUGAAUGUGCAUGUGUGACUAUCAGUGUUCCACAGCUAGAAAACUCACAGCAGUAUGCAUUGUAUAACUUGUAUCAUUGUAGACAGAGUGGUGUAGCAAUAAAAUUGGUUGGAAUGGUGAGCAUCGUGUCAGUGAUAUAAUAGUGCUGGCAUCAAUAGCCCAACUUUAAAUGUUAGAAGAAAUAUCUCCAGGCACUCAGGAUGUUAAAGCCGCAGGCAGUUUUAUUGAAACAAAAAACAGCGAUGUUUUGACCUGAGGUCUUUGUCAAUUAGUUUACUAUGAAAGUAUGAUAAAGCCUCAAAGCUCAGCAAACCACAGUAACUAGUGGUGCCACAUCAAUUCUACCCACAAUAAUUGGCCUCUAUAUACAUCACAGAGCUCCACAGCAGAACAAGUAAUGUAUGGUGUCAUUGAGGGCAUCACAACUCCAUAGUAAUAAAACUGUAAUGGACAGUGUGUAGGAGUAUCAUUGAGAUUCACAGCAGUAAAACUCAGUAAUGUAUAGGGCAUAUAUGUCACAGAGCUCCACAGUAUAAAACUCAUUGUAUACUGUGGUGUGUAUCACAGAGCUCCACAGCAAGAACUCACAGUAGCAUACUUGCCAGCUCUUGGAGGUAAGGGUGCAGGACAGGGUCAGUGGCCCAAAAGGAGGGCCUAUCCAGGAGAGGGGAUGCCUAUCAAUGGGGUCUGACUGACCGUCUGAAGGCUGCCCAAGUGCAGAGACUUUCGGAAGCCCAUCCAUCACUCUUACAGAAGAGGUACAUCUAAUGAGGCACUCACACUGUAUUUACUGAUUGCAUUUCUGUGAAGUGUCCAGAAGUGCAACACCAGAAAACUGAUCUAGGAGAGAGAUACCAGACCCCGAAAACCAGGACUAUCCUGCCUAUACUGGGCCUAUUGGGAGUUACGCAGUGAUAUUCACUAAAGUGGGAAUUCAAGGUGAGUUCUCAGUGAAUGUCAUAGUUUAGGCCAAGUUGGUCAAACUGGAAGGAUAGCUGGCUUUUUUCCAAUUUGUGUUAAAUUUGAAUUCUCACUUUACUAAAUAACCCUGUCAGUGUGUGGGUGUAUCAAGGAUAACAAUGUAACACUAAUUUGAGAUUAAUAAUAAAUAAAUAAAUAUGGUUUUAAAAUGGUCAUGGAAAUAACAUUUUGCUUUUUAAUGAGCUCCCCAGUAACCUCCAUAGUUAUAAUAAUAGGACAUGGGGUCACUGAUCCUGGGCUAGACCUCAUGGCUGUUUAUUGCACUGGCUGCCAGUAACUUGCCCUCUACACAGCAAAAAAAAGCUCCUGGUGGGUGGAGUCCAGGGGCGUGGUUUGUUGACCCCGCCUCCCUGUGGUCUAUUUAAAUCCCACGUGUCUGCUGCCUCUGUUAGUUCAGUGGAAAAUGCCGACCAAGAGGAGCAGGAAGCGCGUUGGGAGCAAGAGCAGCGACUCCGGGGUGCAGAAGGGCAAGUAUGACGUCAUGCAGGAGAAGAAAAACGACAUCAUUCAUCUGUUCAUGAAAGAUUUUGUGCAGCAUGGUGAGUGCCCCAAGGGAGGGGGAUCAGUGCCUGGGUCUGGGAAUGGAGAGGUUAAUCAAGGUGAGGGGGUCAGUGCCUGGGUCUGGGAAUUGAGGGGUUAAUCAAGGUGAGGGGGUCAGUACUGGGUUCUGGGAAUGGAGGGGUUAAUCAAGGUGAGGGGGUCAGUGCUGGGCUCUGGGAAUGGAGAGGUUAAUCAAGGUGAAGGGGGUCAGUGCUGGGCUCUGGGAACGGGGAGAAGCCAAUCGGCUGGGUGAGGGGGUCAGUGCUGGGCUCUGGGAAUGGAGGGGUUAAUCAAGGUGAGGGCCAGUGCUGGCCUGUGGAAUGGAGGCCAACCCGGCGCAAGUGAGGGGGUCAGCGCAAAUCGGGAAUGGAGGGGUUAACUGCUGCGGAGGGGGGGUCAGUGCUGGGAAUGAGGCUAAUCAAGGUGAGGGGGGCUGUGCGCUGGGAAUGGAGGGGCUAAUCAAGGUGAGGGGGAUCAGUGCCUGGGUCUGGGAAUGGAGAUGUUAAUCAAGGUGAGGGGGUCAGUGCUGGGCUCUGGAAUGGAGAGGUUAAUCAAGGUGAGGGGGUCAGUGCUGGGCUCUGGGAAUGGAGAGGUUAAUCAAGGUGAGGGGGGGUCAGUGCUGGGCUCUAGGAAUGGAGAGGUUAAACAAGGUGAGGGGGGGUCAGUGCUGGGCUCUAGGAAUGGAGAGGUUAAUUGGAGCUGAUUUAGGCCUGGACAUGGUGUAAGCAUUGUUUCCAUGUCUGGUUAAAUGGAUGUAAAUAGAAGUAGCUCCUCACCGAUGGCAGAACUAUGUCCCCCAUGAUGCUUUGGUAGAUGUUCCCUAGGCAGAGCAUCAUGGGAGUUGUAGUUGGACAGUUGAGGAUUGAUGUGGAUAUCAGUCAAUAAAUUGAUUAUCUUGUAUAUCUGCCCCCAGCCAAAUUAAAGAAAUAGUGCAUGCACGCUCCUAAAGUAAUUCACACCAGACACAGGUUUCGGGUUAAAUGAAAAACUUGAGGAAUGUUUAUUCUGGGGGGACGGCAUGUCCCUUAUAAAGCAAAAUUACAUCAUGCAUUUUCAGAGAUAACCUGGAAUAAUACAUGAAUAAUUGAUUAGGUGUUAAGUGGUUCAUUUAGUGCUCUGCCUACCGGGUGUGAUGUCACUGGUAUCUUGGAGGUCUCCCCCAGAUUCUAUCGCCAUCUUGUUAGUGAGGGUGUUAGUCGAUGUCAAAAAGGAAACUCCCUAGCGGCCAUUUUAGGUAAAUAACAUAGAAAGUUGAAUAAUGCUGAUUGUAGGAAUGCUGAUUGUAGGUAUGCUGAGUAGAUAGGCAUUUUAUUAACAUGAAUUGGGUUAAUAUUUUUGUCCACAACAGUCCCCUCUUAAAAUGACUAUUUACUAAAGAGACCACUACUAACUGACCCUAAUAAGGUCCCUACUUGGCUGCAGCUCCUCUGUCUGAACAGGCCUCGAACACUUCACUGCGCAGGUAUCAAGCAGCGGCUAACCCACUAUAUCUCCUGCGUCAGACUUCUGCCCAUAGAGACAGACACUAUCCCUAUGCUGUCCCUACUUAGUAGUAGUUGUCUGUUUAAAGUGGUGGGACUGAAGAGGUGUGUAAGGCGUGUCAGUCCAUGUCGUCAGCAUCUUGAUGUAGGUGUAGUGUGGUCAAUAGUCUGAUCUACAGUCUUCUGUAGAUAUUUUUGUACACAAGGUAUUAGACAACAAGUCAGGAAGAGAGAGAGAAUCAUUACAGUAAGAACUGCCAUACCUAUUUGAAAGAGAGUUCUCUGCCAUCCACUCUUCCACCCAACCCAUCUGUCCCAUGAGUUGGAGACUCACGAAUUUUUCUUUAAUUCAUCAGAAAGAUUCUCUUAAUUUCUCUAUAGUCAUGGUUACCUUACCAUUAGGACCUGUAUUGUCCGGGAUAAAAGUACAGCAUGUCAUAGUAUCGGGGAGUAUCUUACAUACGCCCCCCUUUUGUGCUAUAAUCAUGUCUAAGGCUUCAUUUCUGGAAUGUCAUUUGAGAGGUAGUCUUUAAUUGUUCUGCUAAGCCGUGUAGGGAAUCUCGAGUAUAAUUGACAAAUCGUUGCUGGUUAUAGUAAAUAUAAUUGAUCCAGUUAACAUUCUUAUUGGCAGUGAUGAGUGGGAUCAAGGAUUCGAAUCCUGCUGCCACUUCAUCUCUGGCCUUGAACUAAUUUGGUACCCCCCUAGGUACUCCAAUGGCAUCGAUGUAUACAUGUGGGUUUAAAACUACCUCGGAUGGGGGUUUCUCUUUUUACUUAAGAUACGUAUGUGGUGAAUCGUAUGGACCUUGGUGGUUAUCAAGGAAGAUGUGUAUGGUCAUGAUAACUUUAGUCAGGGCACACUCUCCCCGCCAUAAGCCAGUCACCUUUGAUCUAAGUUGCAUGUCACCGCAUAGCCAAUAAAUAUCUCCCACAGAUUUAAUUUGAUUUACUAACAAGGCAGUGGGAGGUUUCCGAUAAAUGGCACAGUAGUCAGAAGGGAAUUUGCCUACAAAUUUACCUGUGGCUCCAUGUAUUGUAUAGCAAGUGUAAUUACCUGCAUACACAGUGACUCAUCAGGUGGCCUGGUGCUCCCUUGGGUUAUUGGGUAAGCCUUCUUCCAUGACUCACACGCUGAUGAAUUUACUAUUGUCUGUGCAUAGAGAUUUAAGAAACAUGUCUCGACAUCAGGGGGUAAAUUUAAAGGCACUGUACCUAGGUGGGGUCUGGCCCCACCACAAACAAAAGUUAGUUUUGUUGAGAGUUAGCAUUAUCUCAUCCAUUCAAGCCAUAGAUUAGUAUCUGAAAAAAGUCUCCACAGCCAUAGUGUCCUCAAAUGUAGGAUUAGCAAUAGCCACCAUGUCUUUAAGGGUUUUGAUGUGUGGCUUUUUGGGGGAUUAAUGGUCAUAUGUGUUGAGCCUACCCAGUCAGGUGAUGUAAGCAUGUCUUGUAAAUAGAAGGUUCCCAACUUGUUAUGUGAGCCACCCACUUUCCAGUACAUUCCCAUUACGUAUUCCCCAGUGUCACCUGGGCUGGGGUGUUAUAUGUUUAAGGUUAGCUUUAUUGGGGUAGACCCUGUUGGUUUACACAAGGUCAUUCGGUAUAAGGGUUUCCCAUAUCUGUCAACUCGGUAUAAGGCACUCUGUGGUCUGUAGUCCCAUGGUCGGCCUGUAUUCCACCCCGCCACUUUCCAUGAACUAAAGUGAUGUCCCCAAUGGUUGCCCGUCACGCAGAUAUAUGGGUCCUUUUUAUUUGGUAUGUCUUUGUAUAUUGCUGAGUGUUGUGAUUGUGGGAAAGUACAAGAAACAAUAUCACAGUAAUCAAAAGUAAAUGUAGCCACGUGUAUGUUUGAAGAAUUAUACCAAAAUGUGUAAGCAUGAUUGUCUUUAGUAAUAGUAACUUGUUGGGCCUUUUAAGAGGCCUAGCAGCAGACAUAAGUAUAAAAGGCUCAUGUUUGGGUGGGAUCCGCUUCCUCUGCAUCCAGAACUUUCUUACAGUGUGAAGCUUGUAUCCAGGUAUUCUUCCCAGCCAACUUUACAGAGGUAGAUGUGGUCAAUAGGAAUUGGAAUGGACCAUCAAACCUUGACUCAAGAGUGUUUUUUCUUAGAAACUUCUUGACCAUGACCCAAUCACCAGGUAGUAACUUGUGCGUGCCUGUGUUUGACUCUGGAUCUGGAAUAGAAGAAAACACCUGUGCAUGGAUUUUGGUCAAGCCAUGAGAGUGCAGUUAUAUAAUCUACCAUUGCAUCUGACUGGAGUUGAAGUUGUUGUGGAAAGUAACAGCCUAACCUGGGUGCUGUCCCAAACAAGAUCUCGUAGGGGGAUAAGUUAAACCUCCCUCUUGGGGUGUACCUUACACUAAAUAGUGCUAUGGGAAGAAUCUCCGGCCAGGGUAGGUUAGUUUCUUGUGACAUUUUAAGCAUUCUGGCUUUCAGAGUGCCAUUCAUGCGUUCUACCUUACCACUAAUCUGUGGGUGAUAGGGUGUGUGGAAUGCAAGGGUCACUCCCAGUGCUACCCAGAUUUCCUUGGUCAACAAUGCGGUGAAAGAUGUACCCUGGUCACUUGCGAUUACUUCAGGAACUCCGUAUCUGCAGAUAAUUUCGGUAAGUAGGUGUUUCGCCGUAGUCUUUGCAGUGAGAUUAGCGACUGGAAAAGCUUCUGGCCAUCCUGAAAACAUAUCCACUAUGACCAGUGCGUAUUCAUACCAGCCACUCUUUGGCAUUUGGAUUCGAUAGAUUUGGAUCCUUUAAAAAGGGUACUGUGGUUUUGCCAAAUGGUUUGGUUGCAGCCUUGAUUAUUUUUCCUGGGUUGCAUUUGGCGCAGAUGGUGCAGGACUGCAUACCCGGUAUGAUAUUGGCCCUGCUCAUCUGCAAAUCUAGAACCAUCCACAAACAGAGUGUAGUCAGGGUCCGGUAGAGCAGUCUCGUGCACUGUUGGAAGAUGGGUAGUUUCCAUCUUCAUCUGUUCAAAACAAUCAUGUGGCGCAUCUGGGCCUGGUUCUGUGGGAGGCAUGUCUUCACAUAUCUCUGCAUGAUAUUGGGGGUAACCGACAGUUUUGUAAUUUAUGGUCUUUUUAGUGACCCCCGUCACUGUGAGUUGUUCUUGAGUUGCAGUACUCCAUGUCUUGGCCAUUGGGCAGAGUUCUUUCCAUGAGAGAUCUUGAGACUUUGUGAAAGAGACAUGAGGAACAGCCACUUCCUAAUGGUGAUACAAAUGGGAUACCUCCAUAGGUAGACUAAGAUGACAAUAUUUCCUUUGGAGUCACAGAACAGGUCUGUCAGUGUGAUCUGUAUUUCCACCAGGCUGAAUAGUUCUUCUUAGUAUGGGUCAGGACCUGGGGUGUCCCAAAACCACAGGGUGCAAUGUAGUUGGGUCUCGGGUUGUUCAUCAUGUGGAUCCAUGGGUUUUUCAACUUGAAGUUCCAUGUGAACAUUGGGAUUUAUGUCCAGGCUGUACCAGUAUUGUGGUACUCCCCCUUUGGGAAGUGGCAAGAGUGGCCGGAUUCAAGGGGUAACAUCUUUGCAAAGAAACAUUAUCUGGUAAAAGGAGGGAGGUUUGAAGGCAGAGAUGUCUCUGGCAAGAAAGAUGUUUCGGUUGAACUUGAUUCAAAAUGGCAGAGACGUCAUGGGGAGCCAGAACUGCCAGUUUAUGUCCGAGAAUGAAAUAAUUAAUUUUGUCCAGUAGGGCACUUGCAGCGAAGACAACACGCAAACAGGAAGGACUACCUCUGGCUACAGGGUCAAGCAUGCAUGAGAAAUAUCCAAUAGGGCGCUGACCCUAACCGUGGGAUUGAGUAAGGACCCUGGAAGCAUGGUCCAUCUUCUCGGAGAUGAAAAGUUUGAAUGGUAAUUGGUAGUUAGGUAGGCCCAAAGCAGAGGCGGAAGAGAUUGCCCUUUGAAGAGCAUAGUAACAACUGCGGGCUGUAGAGGACAAUGUGAAGGGUUCAGUCUUUAAAGCAUCAUAGAGAGGUUGCAUGAGUUGAGAAGCCUCAGGAAUCCAAGAUCUACAAAAGGUGAUGAGGCCCAAGAAGGCAGGAAGGGCCUGAUGAUUAGAUGGAGGGGAGAGGUUUGUAGUUGCACGAACUCUGUUCCUUGUUAGGUGAUGGGUGCCAUGGGAAAGGCAAUGUCCCAAGAAGACCACAGAGGGCUGGCACCACUGGAGUUUCGUUUUGGAGGCGUUACAACCUUCUUCUGUGAGUAAACAGAGGAGAUCCACGGAAUGUUGUUCAGCGGUCGGAAAAUCAUCUGUACAGAGAAGUAAAUCAUCAACAUACUGGAGCAGGACCACGUCUGGGUGGGACUUCUGCCAGGGUUCAAGUACAGUGGCCAUAGCUUUGGCGAAAUGCAUUGGAGAAUUUUGUGCACCUUGAGGCAUGAUAGUCCAUGUAUACUGUUGACGGUCAUGGGUGAAAGCGAACAGAUAUUGACAAGAGGGAUCCAAGGGCACGCUGAAGAAGGCGUUUGCAAGAUCAACCACUGUGAAGAACUUAGCAGUUGGAGGAACUUGUGAUAGUGUGUGUGUGGAUUAGGAACGACUGCUGUGUCCCGGUUGGUAACUUCAUUAACAGCACGGAGAUCCUGGACCAUACGGUAUUGGUCUGGUUGACCUUUUUCAGUUUUCUUCUUUACUGAAAACAGGAGUAUUACACUGAGAAACGCAUUUGAUUAAUGCACUUUUUGCCAACAGGCUAUCAACUUAUUUGGAGAUUGCGAGGGCUUUUGCCGGUUUCAACGGGUACUGUGGUCUUCGUGGUGGAGUAGCGCUUUCAAUUAGUGUAGCUACCACAGACGGGACCCGGAGGCGUCCAAUGUCAUCUGGGCCUGUAGACCAAAGUUUAGCCUGAACCGUAUCCAGAGCACAGGGGGCGUCUGGGACCCUUGUUUCCUCGGUGGGGGAUGUCAUGUGUAGGGGCAAAGGACAGAAGUAUCUUUACAAGAAAGUGGGGUGAGUAAUUGAACCUGGCCAUCAGCAGUAAAGGAGAGGUAAGAGGUUAAUAGGACAGGUGGAUGAGACAACAAACAGAGAAUGUCAGAACCAACCCGCAAGAGCUUGGUUAAUGGGUUGUUCCUGGGGGUACCAUCAACACCUACACAAGAAACAUCGUUGUCACAGACCAGAAGGAUCAGGCAGGUCUUGUUCUCUGAGAAUGCUGCGGGCUGCACCUGUGUCAACUAGGAAGGUAGUAGGAUGACCCUCAACUGGUAAUACAACGGUAGCUAGGGCCCCCCCCCCCGUCCCCUGUAGACACUGCCAUAACAGGGGUGACAGACACAGGUUUGCCAGUUACCUAUUGUACAAGGUCUAGAUGAGAUUGAUCAGGGCCAGCGUAAUGACGUGUAGUGCAGUGGCCUGCUUGAUGGUUUUGACGGGCAGGGCGAUAAUGACUGGGUGCUGGGUGAUCAUUUUGCUGGAAGUCGUCUGAAUCGUAAUUACCUGGAGAAGGGUGAAUAUUAAAUUGGGAGGGUUGAUAAACCGCUUGGGCAUAAUCCUGUGAAGGAUAAUACUGUACAUGCGACUGUGGAUGUACCUGUGGAGGAUAACCAUGUUGGGGACCACCAUAUGUGGCUGUUGGGGCACUGGGGUACAUAGGGGGUGUGGUAGUCGAUAGUCGGGACACCCGUGGGUUUGGGCAUUCCCUUCGAAAAUGGCCCGGUUGGUUACAAUUAAAGCAUACCCUGGUCAAAGGUCUAGGUGCUGUGAGCUGUCCCUGUGCGGCUGGCAUAAUAGCUUACGUGGGAUAACUCUGGGUGGGUCUGGUAGUAGGGCUAGAAGUGGAAAACAAGAGGAUUACUUUUCUUCUGGGAUGGCUGUAGAACAGAUUCUAGGCCCUUUGCAACCAGCAAGAGAGUAUCCAAAGGAAUAAUCCUGUAUUCUGGGCAUGAAAGCACUAAGCCUUUCCUGAUAGGUUCCUUAAGGCCAGCCACAAAGGCAGCUGACAUCUGGGUAUGUGCUUUGUUAUAUACACUAAAUCCAAGAUUGGAGAAGGUUUGGGUUAACCUGGAAUGGUAUUUUUCCACUGACUCAAGUUUGUCUUGUAUGAUAUCAUUUAUACAAGUGGCCUGGUCAGCCAGUUUAUCCUGGGCCCAGGCCCGGAGUUGUUCACAGAAAGUAAUGUCUGACUGGAAAUCCAUAUCAGUAGUGAGGACAGCAUCAUUAAAACUCCUCUCCAUAAUAGGCCAGUAGGCAUCCCCAGCCUUGACCUCAUAGACUGUACAGAUCACGCCAGGCUGCUAAGUCUUACGAACCUGGGCAAUCCUUCGGAAGAAGGACAUGGGUUGUUUUUCUGGAUCUGGGAGAGAAGUUACUAGGGUUGCAGCUUGGGAUGGGUUAAAUGUAACAUACAUUGGUGGGGCCCCUUCCACUGCUGAAGCAGGGAGGUGGGUAGCUGUGAUGGCCUGUCUCUGGAAAGCCCUAUUAUUUGAAGGAUGGAAUGGGCUAAGCCCCUGCACAUUGUCGUCCCCAGGAGGAACCGGGAAUGGGAGACCAUGAUAGUUGGCAACAUCAAGUGAAUUGGGGGCUUGGGCAGCUGGGGCGUCAGAACCGGGAGAACAGACAGCAAUGGUCUGGGGAGUGACUAACUGAGAAGUAGUGGGAUGGAAACCUGAGGCGGCGGGGGAAGCGUCAGUGGCCUGAGGUUGUCAUGACGUGGCAGAUUCAUUUGUCCCAACAAUCAUGAUUGGGUAACUGGGAGUGGUUAUGGGAGGGGCAGGGAUGGGAGCUGGACUGGGUGGGUGAAGGUAUAGGCUGAGUAGGUUGAGAUAGGUGGAUGGAGAGGGCGGAGAUGAGUGAGGUCGAGGGAGGAAACAGGAUAAGAGGCAGGGAGAGGAGAGGAAUCUGGAAUAGAAACAGGAGUGGGGUGGAGAGGAGGAGGAGGUGGAGUAGCAAGAGAAGCUAAGAGGGCAGAAACAAGUGAUGUAGGAUUGGAAAAAGGAGUGGUGAUGGAAUCAGAGGUGGGGAGAGAGGAAGAAUCUGGAAUGGGGACUGAGGGGGUGGAGAAGUAAGAGUAGGAAUAGGAGGAGAGUUGAGAGAAGCAGAGAGGGUGGAAAUGAGAGCUGAAAGAUCGAAAGGAGAAGGUGCGGGUAGGGGGGAGGAUCUGGAAUGGGGAUGGAAAGAGUGGAAUAGGGUGGAGAAGUGGGCGUAGGAAUAGGAGAAAUGAGGGAAGCAGAGAGGGCGGAAAUGAGAGAUGAAAGAUCGAAAGGAGAAGGUGCGGGAAGGGGGGGAAGGAUCUGGAAUGGGGAAAGAGGGGGUGGAGAAGUAGGAGUGGGAGUAGAGACGAGAGAGGCAGAGAGGGCGGAAAUAAGAGAUGGAAGGUCGAAGGAAGGAGGAGUUGCGAGGAUUAGGGAAGGGGAGAGGAAUCUGGGACGGGGACUGAAGGAGCGGCAGGGAGAGGGGGAAUGGAGUGGAAGGAAUGACGGCAGAAGGGGGGAUUGUGGAUACACCAGAGGAUAUCACGGAGGACGGCAAGGGGGAAACGGGGACAGAAGGAACAGGGAGAGGGACCAGAGAUUUCUCGGAGGGAGUAGUACAUGAAGGAGGAGGGGGAGCAGGAAUUGGGGCAACAGGAAGAGUAGUAGAGGACGAUGAGGGAGGGACGGCAUCAGGAGAAAUGGUAGGGAAAGAUGGUAGAGGGACUGCAUCAGUAAUGACCUGUGAGAGUGGAAGAGAGGCGGUAUCGUUGGGUGGGAAGUGGGAGGGGAACAGGGAUAAUGGGUGGCGUGAUGGAGGAAGAUGGGAGUGGGAAGGGGUAAUAGUAGGAUCCGUCCGCCCCGAGAACAGGGUAGAGGGGUGGGAGCAGGAGGGCCUCUGGCAGUGUCUGGGGAGGCGGGGCGUAGAUCAUUCACGGCAUUCUGGGUGCCAUCAUAGGGCGGUGGCCGGGGAACAACAAGGGAUGAAUCAUCAUCAUUACAAACAUUUCUGUGAUACACAUAAAUAUUUUGUCCUUCAAAAUCAAUUUCUUCUUCUGACCAACCCUCCCGUUUGAGUCCUCUCACUACACGAUACCAAGCUUCUACGGCUUUUGUCAACCCACUAUCCAGUAGUAUGCCCUCUUUAUCAAUGAGCAAUUUCCUCCAAAACUCUGGUUGCAAUCUACCACUGGGUGACAUUUGAAAACCACAAACCUUCGCUAUCUUUUUCAUUUUUAACAUAGCCUCCUCUCCUGCUCUUUAACGAUAUCACAAGCUUAGAAACCCUUUGAAGGUCUAGUAUGUUCCUGUCCCAUUUUUACCAAACAAGGCUUUCCCCGUAAGAGGGACAGAGAUAGAGAAGGAAUGUCUACAGUGCUCGACUGCCACGAGGAAUUGAUUCCUGUGCGUCUUCCCUAAACGUAGACUAGUCACCGGAUCCACCCACCCGAGGUGGUGGCCACGGAUCUAAGCGAGCGUGGGUGACUAACACAGCUCUGGGCAUCAAGUACAGAAGAGAUUAAGGGAAAGGGUAAAUGUAGAGACUAAUCAAAAGGCAUUUACAGGAGUCACAAAUAUAGAGAUGUGCACAUAAUCCAGAAUCAAGGCCGAACCACACAACACACACACAAAACAAGGGUACCCACACUAUGACCACAAUUGAAUAGGAAACAAAAUAUAACAAGGAACAAUAAAAACGUGAACAUAGCAAUAAUUACAUUUUAGGUAAAUCACAUAGAAAGUUGAAUAAUGCUGAUUGUCGUACUAAUAUAAUCUGGGUUAAUAUUUUUGUCCACAACAAGGAUAUACACGGUUUCUCCCAUCUUUGGAUCGAAAUGUCAGACAUAUGGACUUGGGGGCAUUGUGUCCCUCAUUAGACCUGACCAGCCUUUUCAUUGACCAUUAACCCAUUAAAGACCAGUGUGAUUUAUACUCCACCAAUCUACAAUAAAGUGCUACUUGGUGUACAGCGAUCAGUGUCUGUAUAAACAGGAAACAUUUUGCUGCAGGAGGCGUUUGGGGAUCUAACUGUAACAAUGGCAGUGAAAUAAAACUGGUUACUCGGGACAAAAUCCUCUAUUCCAUUAUGUUUAUCUGGCUGCCAUGGUUUCAUCCAAAGGUUCUAGAAUGGUGCUAUUUUGCUGAUUGUGUUCUGAUUGAGACUUGUGUGCAACCAUAUUACCUGGGAUUUAGGCUUUGCCCUAUGAGCUAUGACCACUCCUGAACAAAACUUUGUGGGAAACCUGUUUUUCAAAGCAACUAUCGUUCCAAAUCUGGGGAUUUUGCUUUCUCUGCAGUCAGAUGCGACAAUGAGCUAAGCUGUAUUUUUCGGGGCUGGGUCACUGACUGAAAGCAUUAAUGGAGUGGUUUUAGACAGAGCGUCAUUCUGCACUGGUUAACCACUGAGCGUGGUUGGCUCCGGGCAGAGCAUCCUGGGGAAGAUUUUACAUUGGUUAUGGUGCUGGGAGUGUACGUCGAUCAUUUAUUAAAGAUCCGCACCAGUACAGUGUUCAGUUAAUGAAGCAGUUUUGGUGUAUAGAUCAUGCCCCUGCAUCUCUGCUAUUUAGGUGAUGGAUCACUUUGUUUAUGCAGCCAUAACCACACCAUCCCUGCAUGUGACUCUCAAAACCUUAGUAAACACUUCCUGUAAUGAGACCUCUGUUUACACUUCCUUUUAUUGCACAGUCUGCUUAGUUUAGAGUUUGUAUCUCCUGCUCUGUUAAGUCUGCAGGAGUCUCCUGUGUGUGUUAAAGUUAAAGGAGCACUAUAGGGUCAGGAACACAAAUCUGUAUUACUGACCCUAUAGUGCAAAACCCACCAUUAAGGUUGUUUGCCCUUUAAAAAGAAUUAACUUGUCUUAUUUCCAGCGCCGGGCGGGGCCAACUUCCAUUUUGGCCAAUCAGCACCUCCUCCUAGAGAUGCUUUGAAUCAAUGCAUCUCUGAGGAAAAUUUGGUGUCCCCAUGCAGAGCGUGGAGAUGCUGAAUGGCAGUACUGCCUACUGGGCAGCACUGCCCCACAAAGCACCUCCAGUGGUCAUCUCAGGAGUGGCUACUUACAGGUCUCUCUAGGGACAAUGUAAACACUGCCUUUUUUCUGAACAGGUAGUGUUGGCAUGAAAAUGCCUGCAUAUUAUACUCACCAGAACUGCAUUAAGCUGUAGUUGUUCUGGUGACUAUAGUGUCCCUUUAAAUUAACAGAGCAGGUGAUAACAAUGUCUUCUAAAGUAAACACUGUGUUGUAAGAGCAGAUUAAAAAUGAAACCUUUCAUGUGUGCUAUGUGAGUCACAGCUAGGGAAGGUGUGACUAGGGCUUCAUAAACAGAAACAAAGUGAUUUCAUUUCUAAAUGGCAAAGAACUGAGCCGUGGGACUGAAGGGGUGUGAUCUAUACACCAAAACAACUUCAUUAAGCUAAAGCUGUUAUUUUGCUGAUGUCACACUUGCUGUUUUGGCUCAAUACUCAAAUUUCCAAGAAGCCACAAACUGGAAAAUGAAUCGGUCAAUUGCAUUUGGGGUUUUAAUUCACUUUGAAAUCCCAACAGUUCAUACUUCAGUGACUAGCCCUGUGUUUAGGACAAAUGGCUCAGUUUGAGUCCAUCAAAUGUUUAUCAGAUACUGUAUUGCUCCCAACUGAUUUGAAUAAAUCCACAAUUUGGGCUCUAACCUGCCUUUGGAUCCUUACUUUGUAUUUACUAAAGGCCUUGAGUGUUUGUUACCUAGCUCCGCCCCAUUCUGAGUCGCCGUAUUUGAUUGCCUUAGGGAAAGACAAAAUGGAUGAACUAAGACGAGAGCUUCAGUCACUCAUCCCAACCGCAGAGAAAGCCUUGGAUGUUGAGCUAAUGAAGAUGCCGUGGACUAUCCGACAAAUGAAGUUUGGCGACUACCUUAGUAAGUCUUCCGAUAAUAUAUAUUGAAAGAGAAUGGUGGUUAGUUGGUUACAUUCCAUUUUCUUUUACACAUUCAUCAUGCCGUUCACUACAUUCUGAACGAGUUUGUGUGGUUACCUUUAAAUUCCUCCACUUUGUUUCUAGAAUUUCUUUAGGCUUGGAUCAUUCGCAGUCUAGAUUAAUUCACUUUUUAUCAAAGGUGGGGAUCGGUAGCCUAGGCUCUAGGUAGAUGUAAUGUUAUCAUCAUUGGAGCAAAACGGGGCAAUUCUGGAACCCUGGACGGUUUGGAUCCCAGUCCCUAAAAGCACACAUUGUGAUAGAUUAUAAAUUUAUUGGUAGAGCCCUGUAAGAUCUACAGAGACUGGCUCCAUUUAAAUGGUCCUUCUGUCUUUUUAGAAUUCAUCGGAGAUGAGUCGGCCGUUACGGAAGCUGCCUUGAAGGUAUCUUGUCUUAACGCAGCAGCUGCGAUAAAUGGUUUUGUUGCAUGCAAAAACAUCUUGUUUUUAUUUUUUCAGCUCGACUGCUUAAAUGAUAUCCCACAAUCAAAAUUAAGAAAAAACAGUAAAAAGGGUAGGUAUCCUCACACAAUGGCCCAGAUGGUCAGUGUUCCAGCCUCUUGGGAUAUAUACAUAUUUUAUUUUUUCCCCCAUAGUGGUUAAAGUGUCAACAGCAGGUCAUCCGGAGCAAGACAAAGUUCCGACAACUGCAGCUAAAGAUAGGACCGUGCAGAAGGCAAGUCCUUCGGCUUCUUAUGGCGUCUUGUUGCUUACAGUACAUUUUAGAAGUUAUUAAAAAAUUAAUCUUGCAUACCUUCCUACUGUCUUCAAAGAUAUGCAGAGUCUACUCUACACCCACUGUUCCACUAGGGCAGAGCAGAGUUCCAGGUUGCCUAAGUCCCAUGAGCUGGGGGCAACAAAGUGCAGAUCUCACCGUAUGUGCAGCGUGCAACUCUACAAAUAGACUGCUAACAGUAGAAGUGGUCGUGGUGGUUUGAGUAACCCUUUAAAGCAGUGCUCCUCAACCAACUCAAGGCACGCCUAACAGUUCAGGAUUUAGGGAUUACCUUGGACUCUAAGGUGUUAAUUAUUUUAUUGUUCUAAACACCUUAGACACCCAGGUAAUUUCUAAAUCCUGAACUGUUAGGUGUGCCUUGAGGAGCACUGUUGUAAAGGAUCACUCUGCUCCAUAACCACUUCAGUAAGAGCAAAUGGUUACGGUGCUUAAAGACACUGUCUCUGCAUCCUUGUGUAGGUUCGCUUUCCAGUUGGCUAGUACUUGCUGACUGUGAGUGAUUAACAUUUAUUCUACAUAAGCCAUUUAAGCAAGUGAUUACUUGACGAACACAUUACAUUAAAUGUGGAAUUCAAAUCUGUCUCCUUGAGUAGUUGGUUGCAGUUCUCAUAACAUUAUACAUCAAGCUGGCAUUUUAAUGGAUGCAAGGUGUCUCAAUAGUUAAAAAUACAAAACUGUAGUCAUAAGACUAUAGUAUGCCCCAGUCCCUAACGUACAGGAUCCCCCCCACCUUUGCUCAUGAAAGGGUUAAAAACACUUUUCACUCCUCUUAAAGGAGCACUAUAGAGUUAGGAAUACAAAGAUGUGUUCCUAGCACUGUAAGAAUCCUCUGGCCCCCUAGCCCACCCCCAACCAUGUGUGAGGACUUUCAGUCAAACUCCAUAAAACAGCAGGAAGCACCUCUGUCAGGAUUAAGGGGACAGGCUGUCUAUAGUGUCCCUUUAAGAAAUCCCUCAAUCGCUUUUGAAAAUUUGCAGUGGCAUGGAACCCCCUUGUAACCUGUUAUAUUGGUUUAUAUUUCUAGGUUCUGAAAAGUAAAUCAUUGGUUUCGUUAACCAGUAAACCCACCAAGAAAACUCACUCUCUAACUAGGUAAUACAAAGUUAUUGGCGAUAAGUGAACUUGCUAGAUAUCCAUCUAUUGCAGUGUUAAAUUUUCACAGCAAAUUUCUAUUUAGUUUGUCAGUCUUUUGACUAAAAAGCAGUGUUAUAUUUUCGUCAUCUGAAUUCUUUGUCUACUAAAACUCUAAGAUUUUUUUUUUUUGUCAACACUACUAAAAUCUAAUAUGUUAAGUUAGUGUAAUGAAUUUAAGUAGGAUUUAGAAACUCAUUUCCUCAAUGUUUCUCAUUGCGCGCCCCCCACCACCUUCCUCCUUGUCGCAUUGCCCCUCUCUGUGCUCACAUCCCUGAUCCUGUGUAGCAUGUCUGAGUAACCGUGGGGAUAGGAGCUUGUUAACGUCUCCCUGGUCUGACAGGAAGCAGUGCUCUCAAAGUGUUUGUGGUCAGACCGGGAAGAGGGAAACUAGCAUUUCAGAUUCCUUGCCUCUAGUGGCCGCCACUAGAGGUGGAGUUAACCCUGCAAGGUAUUUAUUGCAGUUUAUAAAAAACUGCAAUAAUUAGUUGCAGGGUUAAGAGUAGUGGGAGUUGGCACCCAGACUUCUCCAUUGUGCAGAAGUGAUCUGGAGUGUCCCUUUAAGGAAAAUGAUUUACAGUGAGGAAUUGCAGUUUUCGUCAAUGAAAACUAGCAACUGACAAAGUUUUCUUCAGCAAAAUUAAAACUGACAUAUUGAUGUAUCUAAUACGCCUCCAUUCUGGAAUACAGUGAGGUCACAUUCUAGAAUACUGUGUAGUCCAUUUGAGCUCGACUGCCUAUGAUUCACUGUGUGCGUUUCUAAUGGGAUGUUGUAUGUGUCAACUCUGUCCUUAGGUCAGUGUCUGCGACACCUAUAGACAAAGCUACAAAGAAGGUCCUGGCGACAGAUCGAAUUACGAGGACAACGGCCAGGUUAUACAGGUUUAGUAUGCCAGGACGGACAUUCCUGACUGUUCUGUUAUCACGGUUUCCCUAGUAAGAUUAUAUCCAGAAUCUAAUGGUCUCACUGGCGAGUAACUCUGUUGCAAAACCAGCUAAUCUUAACAUUUUAGAGGAAGUCCUAAAAUAGCUACAUGAGACUUUACGUAGUCCAGUAAAGAUGGAGAUUACUGGGUCUUCUGACAAUCCAGUGAACUUAUUCUGGCUCAAUCUUUUACAGUCUGUGACCCAUAGUGUCCUAUCUUCUGCAGAAAUCCUAAAAUCAGUCAUGCAAUCUGCAAACACUUAAAGGGACCUCCAAGCACCAAUACAUCAAUUAAAUAAAUUUGGUUACAUUAAUAUUCGGUUUGAUACACCCUUUUAUUUGCUUAAAUUUUUAAAAUUGCACAAAAUAGUUCAGCUGCCCCAUAAGACUGCCUUAUUAGCAUGACCCCUCCCCCACUCCAGAAAAGAAUACCUUGGCAAAUGUGUGUGUACACCACUCAACCACUAACAUCACCUUGUGAUCUGAACUACCAAAGCAACCUGUGUUAGAAAUCCAUAGUAAUAUUCUUAUGGGGGUGGGGGGAGAGAGAAACCACUCACUGAUACACUUAUAUCUAGUGUCUAGAGUCCCCAGUCUCUGAUGUUCUGGAGUGUCUCCACCUUCAUGAUCCUAUUGGAGAAUACAUUUUUGUCCUAUGUCUUACUGUCUAGAAUUGUUCAUGAUACCCCUCUUCCUUAUCAGGACCCCAGCGACACCACUCUUGCGGCCCAGCCGUAGUGCUACAACCUUAUCUUUUGGAGACCAUUUAUUAAGUGACCAUAUCCCAUGUGUCAAAAUCCCACUGGCUGAUGGGCAGGUAGGAUAUCUGAACACUUGUUUACAUCACCAAUUCACUUGUUUCACAAGUGGUAAUUAUCCGGAUCCAUUAACUAGGCGUCCCAUGUAGUGGACACUAGGAUACAUUUUUAUUUAGAUUUUUAAUAAAAGCCUUUCUUUAUAUUUUCCAAAGUAGUAAUGCUAAAAUCCUCUGUCUUGUCUAUUUAGAGUGUGUGCUCCGCUGGCGAUGAUCUGGAGCACUUAAACAUAGAAUUACUGCGAAAUGACACCGUACUGCAAAUCCAUGCAUUGGUGGUGAGUUUUGACAAUCACCUUGGCCAGAGCCCUUCUUGUAUGGUCUGUAUAAUUCAAUUGAACAGCUCAAACUGUUUUACAAUAGAUAUUGUUGCAUCUUUUUGUUUUAGCAACAGGCAUUGUUUUGUUUGUAACUUGCCUGCCAUCUACUCCAAUCCUAACUGGGCAGAAUGGACACCGGUACCCUAUCUGUACUGUGAAGCCUGCUUACAACCACUGGAUUUUACUUCACCUCUCAUAUAGUUAGUUAUUCAUUAAACCAUGAUCUGUCCAUUUUAGAGCAUUGCAAAUAACAUGGCUGGGAGAAUAAAAUAGAGCUUGGGACUUCUAAUGCAAAUGUUUUGGCAAUUAACUGUUUAGGGACUAUAGUGAAUGAUGGUUAAGAUUCUUUGUAAAUUAAUUCUGGUUUGGUUUCCUGAAAUGACCUAAGUGUCACCAUGGUCUGGUUAAAGAAUAAAGAGUUAGUGUCCACUUCCUCCCUAGGGACAGCUAACGAAUCUCUGUGCGAAGGCCUCCAAUCAAAAUGGGAACAUGCCGUGACCUGUCUUGGGUUUUCUUAACCCGCAUCCUGAAUUCUGUUUUUGUUUCAUUUUAACUCUCGAAUGUGAGACCAUUAUUUAUCCUCAACACUAGUUUUAUUUCUGCAUAUUUUUUUUAUUUUUUUUUAUUGCUGCUGUGGUUUGUAACAUGUCUAUGUAACAUUGUAAUAAAAUAUAAAUUAUGACCAUUCACUAUAAACACAAGAUUCUGAAUUUGUUCCUAGGGAGUGUGAAAUAUGAAAAAGCCUGUAAUUGGUGUUAUCAGUAUACGAAAAUAGUUUCCCAACCAUACUUGGUGCUUAAAUUUGAUAUGUAAUCCAGAAAGGAUGUAGAAUACGAAUUAUCAACAAAUCAUGAGUGUCUGCCCCUCAGUCUUCUGUUUUGUCAUCGGAGCAUUCAGCCUAAAUGCAACAAAGUACUGUAAAAUGGAUCAUAUGUGCAGUUGGCACAUGCUGAGACCCUAUCCUAACCUCCUGCCUGUGCUCUUGUGUGGACAUUUCCUUGAGAUGCAAAGGUGGACAGUCUCCCAAUGUAGAAUGAUGGCUCACAGAAGGCAGGACCACUGUACUUUUUUUUUUUUUUUUGUCAACAUGAUUGAGUCCUCUUAAAUUUGCCUUUAUAAAUUGCAAAAAUAGGGGGCGUGGCCUGACCGGAGACCGUAAUGGACGUGUCUGUGUAGAGCUCCGGCCCCAACGCGCUGAAAUUAAGCUUACUACAGCACAAAACUGUUCGAAAUCGACUUACCUACCAAACACAAGCUGCCAUGGAGAAAAGACACCCCAAGAAGCAACCCAAGAGGGGGACCGAGGGGGGCACAUCGGUCCUGGACCUGAUGACGGCCCACAAGAUCGGACAUGCGGAGCUUCAAGAUGGCGCCGGACGGAGCCCCUCACCGCACUCACCCUCAACACAUGAGGCCCAAGAGGGAGAACGCCACAAGAGCGAGACGGCUCAAAUCUUAGAACGCCUGGCUGAGGUGCAAACCUACCUCGCUGGCGAAAUAGAUAACGCCACCACGGUCCUCCGAAGUGAGAUAGCCGCACUGGGAUCCCGGACAGCUCGCCUGGAGGAGAGGCUAGAGGCUACCAAUAAGGCACACAACACAGCGGUCACACACAUCAAGGGGCUGACGGCCCGUGUGGCAGAGGCCGAACUCGCCAUAGAAGAUAUGGCCAACAGGUCACGGAGAAACAAUCUCCGUCUCCGUGGCCUACCUGAGGGAGAGAAAGAAGGCACACUGCCGGCUGUACUUCUGGCUAUCUUCAAGCCACUACUGCCAGACCUCUCUGAGGAGAGAUGGCACAUGGAAAGGGCGCACAGGGCCCUGCGCGCCAGAAGCAAUGAUGUGAAUACCCCCAGAGAUGUUAUCGUCCGCUUCUUAUUCUUCCAGACCAAGGAAGCCCUGAUGAGAAAGAGCAGAGAGGUCAAGAUGGCGCACGGAGGGAAAGAACUCCAGGUCUACCAGGACUUGGCCCCCAGCACGCUUCAGAGACGGCGGGAGUGGAGACCGGUCACAGAGGCUCUACGCAGAGCGAACAUACAGUACGCCUGGGGGUUCCCAUUUCGUCUGAUGGCGUUCCAGGGGGGGAAGACCCACACUCUCAACCCCAGCGGAGACCCGAAGAGAUUCCUGGAGACCCUGGGCAUCACUUCCUGCAGCGGCCUACAUGAGAUGCAGCCAGCGACCCUCGAGCUCGAGUCUCUCCCGACCGAGUGGCAGGAGGUGGGAGCCCGCCGGCGCUGAUGCCUGAACUGGGUACAGUAUGAAGCCUUGGGGACAGUGCGGCCUACCCAGGGGGGAACCGGGACUGUCUUGAAUACCCCUGUGGGCAUGGCGCAUAGAGGUGAUGAGGGGGGCCCUCCUAGUUGUUUGGGAGGGGGUUUGGGGGUCCCUACUGUUGCCACACAGACGGGACACACGGGGGACUGGGACGGACACUUAGGCACUCUUGAUGCCUCCAGGGCGGCAAGUGCAUUCCGCCAUCUUCUGGGUGAGGAGGGGGACACUGGCUGA